UUGAUCAUUCGUAGAAUCGACGCUGAUCUGAUCGGUUCUGUUAUAUACGCCAAUUAACUUAUAACUCAGCGUCUCAACAUGGGUUGUACUUCCGGUUGCUUUAAGUGUUUUCUCAACAUUCUCAACACACUCUUUGCGCUCUUUGGCCUGUUGAUAAUUGGAAUAGCCACGUUGAGUCUACAGCAAGCGCCAACGGUUUACAUUACCUAUCUGUAUGUGGUUGGCGGGAUUGUGUUUGUUGCAUCUAUUAUCGGCUGCUGUGGGGUCUGUCAGGAGAGUGUGUGUAUGACCACAACGUAUGGAUUCAUAUUGUUGGCUUUGCUCGUUGUGCAAUUGUUGGGCCUCUUUGGUAAGAACUUUGAUGAGGAUUACAUAAAACAGUUUGCGGUCGCCGAUGUGGAUGCCAAAUGGAACUUGGAGGUUAUCAAACCAGGUGCCAUGGACAAGAUACAGCGCACAUACGAAUGCUGCGGCCGCAAUGGACCAGAUGAUUACGUUAUCAUUCAACGAACCAAUCUUCCAUUGAGUUGCUAUCCCGAGGGAAACACUAAUGUGCCAUAUUAUACAACGGGCUGUGUCACUGCAGCUGCCGAUGUAUUCCUCAGAUAUUUCAACUAUGUGAAUACCAGCAAAUGGGGCUCAUUCGGAAUUACAGCUUUGUUGUGCUUCUGCUCAUUCUAUUUGGCGCGACGCUUUCGCAAGGAACGCCAAACAUAUUCGUAUCACUAUUAAAACGAACUGAUUCUAAUAACCAAAUAAUAAUACUCAAUCGAAUCGAAAUGAAUGUUUAUAUAGACACCGUGUUGUCAACAUUUUACAAAUACAUAUGCGUUAAUCUUGUAACGAUAA